AUGACAAAUCUAAGAAGAAGAAAUAAAGUUGGAGCUGAUGAGAUCACGCAUGUGAUUCAGUGGAUGGUGGAUGCCAUACAGCCUAUUACAGCGCAAACCAAAGCUGUGGUCGCACCUACUCGUCUUAUGACCAUGGGAGACUUUAUGAGAGACAGGCCAACCAAAUUCUCAGGCAAGGCCACUCCUGAUGAGGCGGAUGCAUAUAAGUUAUCUUUCGUCACCUUCCUGCUGUGUCCCAAUAAGAAACCAGCUGGAGGUGUGCCAGCAAAGAAGCCAGUUAGAGAGCGGCCUAGAGCACUAGGGCGCAUGUUUGCAUUGACGACCACCGAGACGACUCAAUCAGGUAAUCUCGUGCAGAAAACUUGUAUGGUUUUUGGUAACAAUGUGGUGGCGUUGUUUGAUUCAGGAGCCACCCAUUCAUUCAUGUCUAAUGAAUGUGUGAGAGGACUCGAACUUAUAUUACGAGAGCUGGGGUGCGAGCUGAUAGUUGUGACACGAGCAUCUGUUGAGGAAUCUACCACUUCUGUUUGUGUGGGAUGCCCUAUGGAAGUGGCAUGUCGCAGGUUCAAGGCGAAUCUCAUAUGCUUGCCAAUGGAGGGCCUGGAAGUGAUUCUAGAAAUUGAUUAG